AAAUCGGCCGCUGGCAGCGAACAGACUCCUUCAACAAGAACUAGGCGUCGGAGACGUCUACAAGCUGCCGGACUUGUUGGAAGGUGUCCUGCGAAGAAGCCGUUGAUUUCGGAGAAGAAUCGUGACGCUCGUGUCAAGUGGGCUCAGUGGCGUAAAUAUCUCAAACGAAAACCAGAGAGAAUCUGUACAACGGUCAGCCUGCGGAAAAUUUUCUCCGAGUUAGAGUUCGCUGUUGGCGCCGAUGAGAGCACGCGCACCGUCACAGCGGCGGUGGGUACGACGAAGGGACCAGCAAAGAAGGGCGCUACCUCCAAUAAUCUGUUAAAUACCUACCACGAAAAUUUUUUCGUGGCCUAUCUUCAUCGUCGAUUAGGUGCUGGCAGGAAUCGAAUGAAGGAACGA